ACACCCACGCACGCGCGCCCCCAUGAUGGCCCAGCCUAGCCUCCUCCUCCUCCUCGCCGCAGCGGCGGUCCUCUUGCUGUCACUCUGCGACGCACACAACAAGCUCGCCAAGAAGAGCGAUGAUGUUGUCAACGGGCCCCUCCUCACCUCUAAGCUCGGCGCCAAGCGCACGCUGAUCGUCGGCCCCAACGACGAGUUCAAGACCAUCCAGUCCGCCAUCGAUGCAGUGCCGGACGGCAACUCUGAGUGGGUUGUCGUCCAUCUCCGCGCCGGCGUCUACGCGGAGAAAGUCGUGAUUCCCGAGACGAAGCCGUUCAUCUUCGUGAGGGGGAACGGCAAGGGCCGGACGUCCAUCUCCUACGAGUCCGCCUCCCCGCACAACACCGAGUCUGCCACGUUCGCCGUGCACGCGGACAAUGUCAUCGUCUUUGGCAUUAGCUUCAGGAACGCGGCGCGCGCGGGGCUGCCGAACAACCCGGAGAUCCGCACGGUGGCCACCAUGGUCAGUGGCGACAAGGUGGCCUUCUACCAUUGCGCCUUCUACAGUCCCCACCACACCCUCUUCGAUAGCGUUGGCCGCCACUACUACGAGAGCUGCUACAUCCAGGGCAACAUCGACUUCAUCUUUGGCGGCGGCCAGUCCAUAUUCCAGUGCGCGGAGAUCUUCGUGAAGCCCGACCGGCGGACACCGAUCCUGGGGUCCAUCACCGCGCAAGACCGCAAGGAGGAGAGCGACAGCAGCGGCUUCGUUUUCCUCAAGGGGAAGGUGUACGGUGUCGGGGAGGUGUACCUAGGCCGCGCCAACGAGGCCUACUCGCGCGUCGUCUUCGCCGACACCUACCUCUCCAAGACUGUCAACCCUGCCGGCUGGACCAACUACAACUUCUCUGGCAGCACCGAACACGUGAUGCUCGGGGAGUUCAACUGCACGGGGCCGGGGGCCGACAGAUCGCAGCGUGUGCCAUGGUCGCGACAGUUAGACCAGGCGGAGGCAGCCAAGUUCCUCACCGUCGACUUCAUCAACGGCAAGGAUUGGCUCCCAGCGUUCUACUACUGAUCAUCAGACUCAAAGAACAUUAAGUGCUUACUUGUUGCUUGCUUGCUACUCCGUCUUGUAAUGUUCAUGUGUUACGAAUGUCCAAAAUCUGACUGAGGCUAUAUGAUUGAUCUCUGUAGAUGUAAUUUUCUUAUUCGUAAUACCUAGGUGUGCAUGUUAAUCUACAUGUUAGUUAGUGAAGUAAGUGUAAUGAGGCACCUUAUCGAAAGUGUGCGUGACACUGUCACCUGUAUCAUCGCUUAGUUUGGAAUUUGUCAUAUUAA